ACUUGUUACUGCCUGUCCGGAGCGCGGACAGGGCGAGCUCCGGCCGCGGACAGGGCGAGAGCCGGCAGCCUGCAACCGAGAGAGGCACAGAGAUCGCAAUAAUAUCCAUUAUAACCAGCCACCUAAACCCACCCCUCAACACACACCCAUCCAUCCCAUCCUCCAGGAGAGGCAGCCCGCGGCCCGCUCUCUGCGCCCAGGGAAAAAGCCCCAGCCAUGAGCAAUCAGUACCAGGAGGAGGGCUGCUCCGAGAGGCCGGAGUGCAAAAGUAAAUCUCCAACUUUGCUGUCCUCCUACUGCAUCGACAGCAUCCUGGGCCGGAGAAGCCCGUGCAAAAUGCGGCUGCUGGGAGCCGCGCAGAACUUGCCCGCCCCGCUGGCCAACCGCGCCGACCAGGAAAAGGCCGUGCAAGGCUCCCCCAAGGGCAGCAGCGCCCCAUUCGAGGCCGAGCUGCACCUGCCGCCCAAGCUGCGGCGCCUGUACGGCCCGGGAGGGGGCCGCCUCCUCCAGGGCGCCGCGGCGGCGGCUGCAGCGGCGGCGGCGGCGGCGGCGGCGGCCACGGCCACGGCAGGUACGCGGGGGGAGGCCCCGCCACCGCCGCCGCCAGCCGCGCGGCCUGGGGAGCGGCCGGACGGCCCGGGGGCCGCCGUGGCCGCCGCCGCCGCCGCCGCCGCGGCCUGGGACACUCUCAAGAUCAGCCAGGCGCCGCAGGUGAGCAUCAGCCGCAGCAAGUCGUACCGCGAGAACGGGGCGCCCUUCGUGCCGCCACCGCCUGCGCUGGACGAGCUGGGCGGCCCGGGGGGCGCCGCGCACCAGGACGAACGCCUCGGCGCUGCCGGCGGCCCCGCUGGUGCCCCGGCGGCGGGUGGCGGCACGGGCGCCGAGGACGACGAGGACGAGCUACUGGAGGACGAAGAGGACGACGACGAGGAAGAGGAGCUGCUGGAGGACGACGAGGAGGAGCUGCUGGAGGACGACGCCCGCGCGCUGCUCAAGGAGCCCCGGCGCUGCGCCGUGGCUGCCCCCGGAGCGGUGGCCGCCGCCGCCGCCGCCGCUGUGGCCACCGAGGGCGGGGAGCUGUCGCCCAAGGAGGAGCUGCUCCUACACCCAGAGGACGCUGAGGGCAAGGACGGCGAGGACAGCGUGUGCCUGUCUGCGGGCAGCGACUCGGAGGAGGGGCUGCUGAAGCGCAAACAGCGGCGCUACCGCACCACGUUCACCAGCUACCAGCUGGAGGAACUGGAGCGGGCCUUCCAGAAGACGCACUAUCCCGACGUCUUCACCAGGGAGGAACUGGCCAUGAGGCUGGACUUGACUGAGGCCCGAGUCCAGGUCUGGUUCCAGAACCGUCGGGCGAAAUGGCGCAAGCGGGAGAAGGCGGGCGCGCAGACCCAUCCUCCGGGGCUGCCCUUCCCCGGGCCGCUCUCCGCCACCCACCCGCUCAGCCCCUACCUGGACGCCAGCCCCUUCCCGCCGCACCACCCUGCGCUGGACUCGGCCUGGACGGCCGCUGCCGCUGCCGCCGCCGCCGCCUUCCCGAGCCUACCUCCGCCUCCAGGCUCGGCCAGCCUGCCGCCCAGCGGGGCGCCGCUGGGCUUGAGCACUUUUCUUGGAGCCGCCGUAUUCCGACACCCGGCCUUCAUUAGCCCUGCGUUCGGCAGGCUGUUUUCCACCAUGGCCCCCCUAACCAGCGCGUCGACCGCGGCCGCGCUCCUGAGACAGCCCACGCCGGCCGUGGAGGGCGCGGUGGCGUCGGGCGCGCUGGCCGACCCGGCCACCGCGGCCGCAGACAGACGGGCCUCUAGCAUAGCCGCGCUGAGGCUCAAGGCCAAGGAGCACGCCGCGCAGCUCACGCAGCUCAACAUCCUGCCAGGCACCAGCACGGGCAAGGAGGUGUGCUAAAGGCUGCCCUCCACCGUCGCGCCCCGGGUGCGCCCGAAAGGUCACCUCACUCAGCACCACUCAAGACCAAAUGGAAACAGAGGACCAGCACACUCCCGAGACGGCACUGAGAGAGCGCAGCCGCCUUCGCAGCAGCCUGGACGCGGGCAAGGCAUCCCUCGGCGCUACCGGACGUGGCACCUCCUCGGCUGGCUGUCCACCCUACCCUGUCCCUGCCCCUGCCACUGCCAACCUCGCUCCAACUGCAACGUCCAGUCUCUCCCGUUCUUUCUUUACUGAAAAUCUCGGGGGAGGAGGGGUUCUCCCCAAGACGCCUGGUAUUGAAGUUAAAAUUUUUAGAAGCUCAACCUCUCUUCCUCCUGACACUUCACUUGCUUUUUUUUUUUUUAAUAGCAUUUUGGCGCUCUAGGUUGAUCUCCCCAGCGUGGGCCCCGGCGUGUAGCCAGGGCCAGGGAAGUGAAUGCGAAUCUGUAAGAUAGCUAAUAGUGCACUUAACCGAAAGGGGCGUCUUGUUCUUGUUCUCUUCUUUAUCAUACAACAACCAAGGUUUUUAUAUCAAACCAAAGGGAAAUACUCCGCUAGAAUAUGGACUGUUGAAGUCACCAAACUGUGAUAGAUUCUGUACAUACCAUUGUUAUUAAAAAAAAAAAAAA